CCCUCCCCCGCUCCCUCCAUCUCUCCUCCCAUCCCUCGCGCUCCGUGCCGUUUUAUGCCGACCACAAGGCACACAGAUGUAAGUUUAAUCCAGGCAACAGUAAAAGCUGGGAAUUGAAUCCUUCUUCUUUCUUUCUUUCUUUUUUAAUUUUUUUACUGAGAUGCAACUGUAAUCAGAAGAAUUUUCAUCAGUCAGUGCUGCUGUAAAGAUGGACUUGGAGAUGAAAACCUGCUGCUGGAAUUGUGUGGCGUGUUUUAUUCUCUCCAUCAUCUCUUUGUGUGGAUCUAGUCGUUGCCACUCUUAAGGCUUGGCUACAAGAGUUUUGUUGUUUAUUUUUCUUUUAGAGAAAGCUGCAGGACUGCGACAGUUUUCCUUCAUCUUCACAUUAAACAGAAGGACUAUUGAAUGAAUCAAGAAGAACAGUUUUUGUUUUUCACAUUUAAUUGGACUUCAUGUUUCUAAAUCAGAUUGCAGUUUUGCUUGAACCCUGCUCAGAGGAAAAAGCAACAAUGUAGUCCAGAGGUUUGGACUUUCUGGGACAGGAUUUCCACCUGAUCAGUGAUCCGUCACUCUUUGUGAGCAAAAACCGUGGAGGGAUUACUGACGAUCUCACAGCGUUCGCCUCGAUUUGGAGCAUCUUUCAGACUCAAUUAGUACACAUUCUUGGGAGAGUCCUCACGCUCGCUUCCUUGGGGGGGUUUUUUCAAUUCUUAUUCAGAGGAGACUUCAAUAAGAGAAGACUUUAAUUUAGCCAGAAGCCAGGAUGCAGGUGUCAUUAGUGUGCACAGAUCACCGUGGGGGGGUGAGCCGCAACACAGAGGACCGGCUGAACCGUCAGAAUGCCAACAGCCCCAGCACAGGAACCCGCAGCAAGUUCAGAGCGGUGGCGAUGGUGGCUCGCAGUCUUGGGCAACUCUCAGUUCAGAGUGUGCCCUCCUCCAGCGAGCAAAGUGUGAAGACUGGCAUGAAGUAUAGAAACCUUGGAAAGUCUGGCCUGCGGGUGUCCUGCCUUGGAUUAGGAACAUGGGUGACAUUCGGUGGACAGAUAACAGAUGAGAUGGCAGAGCAGCUGAUGACUCUGGCCUAUGAAAAUGGCAUCAAUCUGUUUGACACAGCGGAGGUCUACGCUGCUGGGAAGGCUGAGGUGGUUCUCGGGAACAUCAUAAAGAAGAAAGGAUGGAGACGCUCCAGUCUGGUGAUAACAACGAAGAUCUUCUGGGGCGGAAAAGCCGAGACUGAAAGAGGUUUAUCUCGAAAACACAUUAUAGAAGGUUUAAAAGCCUCUUUAGAAAGACUGCAGCUAGACUACGUUGAUGUGGUUUUCGCCAACAGACCCGACCCCAACACUCCUAUGGAAGAAACUGUAAGAGCGAUGACCCAUGUGAUAAACCAAGGUAUGGCCAUGUACUGGGGGACAUCCCGCUGGAGCCCAAUGGAAAUAAUGGAGGCGUACUCUGUGGCGCGGCAGUUUAACCAGAUUCCUCCUAUAUGCGAGCAGGCAGAGUACCACAUGUUCCAGAGGGAGAAAGUGGAGGUGCAGCUGCCUGAGCUUUUCCAUAAGAUAGGUGUGGGCGCCAUGACAUGGUCUCCGCUGGCCUGUGGGAUCAUCUCAGGGAAAUACGACGGCAGGGUGCCUCCGUACUCUCGGGCGUCUCUGAAGGGCUACCAGUGGUUGAAGGACAAGAUCUUGAGCGAGGAGGGCCGGCGUCAGCAGGCGAAGUUGAAAGAGCUGCAGGCAAUCGCGGAGCGGCUGGGCUGCACACUGCCCCAACUCGCAAUCGCGUGGUGCCUACGGAACGAGGGGGUGAGCUCUGUCCUUUUAGGGGCGUCCAACACCGACCAGCUGAUGGAGAACAUAGGAGCGAUCCAGGUUCUUCCAAAGUUGUCGUCGUCCAUCACCCACGAGGUGGACAGCAUCCUGGGGAACAAGCCGUACAGUAAAAAGGACUACCGGUCCUAACGGGCCCGACGGCCCCGCCCAGCAGGGCUGCACCCGGCCUGCAGCCGCAGCGCCCCACCUUUGCCUGAUCCUCUGUUUGCUUGAGCUUUUACUGAGUGAGACCCUGGCGCAUGAGUCUGGCCUCACCAAGGCCACGCAGGGCACCUCAUUUAGAGUUACAGAGAUAAGAAAAAGUGGGAAUAAAUCGAGUCACCUUCACGGGACGGGACGGGAUUAACAGAGAAAAACAGAACAGUAAGAGAGGUUAGGGAUAUGCGCUCAUAAGUAAAUCAGUUAUACAUCCUAUUCAGCGGAACGUACUUUAAAAUCAUAGAGAAAAUUAAGGAAAAACAUCUUUUUUAAAAAAUAAAUAAGCACAUGCUUGCUUGGCAGCCAGAUUUUCUUUCCUUUUCUUUUUUUUUUUUAAAUCUUUUUCUAAAACUGAAUGCAACUAAAAAAUAUAUAUAUAAAGUUGAUACUGUACGAAUAUACGGGAAUUGCUGUUGCACAUGUACCAUAGCCAUGCAUUGUUCCCGAGACGUUCUGUUUACAAACACGUGUGUACUGUAAAAGUCCGUCAAAGUUUCUCUGUAGGAACGUUUGUGUUGUCGACGUCAGCAGCCCCCUCCAGGGCUUCAACAAUCAGCACUUUAGUACCGUCAGUAACGCUGUUGGAGUGGGUCGAUUUAAAGAAGAGAGAGCAUGGGUGUUAGCAGUCCUAUGUCACAACCAUUGCACUAUAGAUUCAUGUCGCCUGUCCUCUUCCUACGUUUUCCCACUGACAGUACGCUCGUUCAACCUGACGCAUCGAAGCUCCUGCUCUCCAACAGGAGCUGCACUCGUCUGCAUCACUGUGUCCCUGCGCCCCCCGCUUACCCCCCAUCAGAUCCGCCCCUGUCUUAGAGCCAACACAGGGAGCGAGCACCAAAACCUGUCUUUGGUCAAGUUCUGUUCAAGUAUUUGCCUUAUUUCCAGUUGCGUCGUACUGUGCUUCGGGCUUCAGCGUAGGUAGGCGGCCCUCCACUUCGGCUGGCUGCCCAACCGCCACCCCCACCCACUGUGUCCCCAGCUAAGGCUCGACUGGUGGGAGUGGGAGGAAGGAGGCACGUGUCCAGUUAAUCAGUGGGCGGCGGCAGCUCAGGGAACGAAGAAGGUGGUUUCAUGUGUGCGUUGGUGUGCGUUUGGGAGGUUGUAACAAAUAGUCUUUAGUGUUUAUUUCAUUGUUUUUUUUUGUUUUUUUUUUUUAGCAUGGCUCGAGCCAAAGAUCUUCUUCAUCUCUUUUUAGCUGACACACUUUCACUUCCUGCAAGGUUUUUGAGUCAUCUUUAAGCAUGUGCUGUCCGGCUUGGUAUACCUAUUUAUGGGAUGGACUUUACUUCAUAUUAAUCUUUACCUGACCAAACUCUUAAAGUGGUUAUCAAUACGCCCUUCAUAUGCAGAAUGCGUUAAGUAGUGCGGCUCGGUGCUUUUGGGUCGGUGAGGUUCGGUUAAAGCAGCAGACAACCCGAUCACACAGACUCAGUGCAGAUGUCAUCGCUGUUUGUCCUUUGGGUGCUCUCUUACCGCGACUGAAGCACAAGCAGAUCGCAUGUGACACUUCUGCCAACGGGAGGAACAAGAUGACGCUUCUCAGCUUAGAAAAAUUGUGUACAUAAAUCUUUGCAGCUCAUAAACUGUUAGCAGAAAACAGCAAAAGAAUAAAACAACAAACAGUGCAGAUAAAAAAAAUAAAAAGUUCACAUUAGCGAUAAUCAUAGAGAUGUUAGAGCCUCUCAGCUACAGUUGAGGGGAUAAUCAGAGUGGAUGAGAUGCAACUUUCUUUUCUUUGAGUGUCUAAUAAACUGAUGUAAGGUGUGUGUGUGUGUGCGUGUGUGUGUGUGUGUGUAGCAGCAGGGGACAAAUAAUCCAACCCUGCUCUUUAGCCUGCUGUAAUAAUUGAUCCACGUUUUAGUCCAAUUUGUCGUAUCUUCUGUCUGAGUAAAUAAAACAGGCGAAAGCCCACGCUGUUUUCUCUGGAAAAAAAAAAAGGAUUAAGUAGAUUUGUUUGUGGAGUUUCUGUGUCUUGAUGUUUUCAUCUGCAGGGAGGGAAGAAAAAGUCUGAGACUUUAAAAGGGACAAUGUGACAUUUCAGGAAAUUAAAGAACAAAAAAAAACAUUUAUUUUCUUUCUUGUUGAAAAGUGAGACUGACACCACUUUAAUAUUUUCUGCUAAACUUGACCGUCAGCUUAGCCCAACAUAAAGACUGGAUCCCAGGAGAGAACAGCUGGUUUAUCUCUCUUACAGAAGAGAGAGAUAAUUAAAGCUCCUUAAUUAAUGCAUCAGUCUGUUUCAUCCACAGAAUAAAAGAGCACUGAAAACACUACCUGAAGUCUGAGGCUAUUGUUCAAGAUAAAUGUAAUAUUAUACAAGGCCGGGUUGUGUAAUAAAAUGUAGGAAUAUUAUCCUUUUUAGAGGUUUCUACUCUCAGUCAAUCUGCAGAACCUCAGAUCUUGUCCAAAGGGUGUCAAUAUUUUCUACGUUUAUUCUCAGAACAGAGUUAAAGGAGGUGAGUGUGUUCUGAAUGUAGCUUCCUGCUGAGAUAGAGAAAUAAAAUAUUACCAGCUGUUUGAACAGAAGUCGUCAAGUUUCCCAAACAGAGAUCAGAAUCCAAAGUUCACACAUAGUAAAAUUAAAUUUGAUUAUAGGCAAUACUUAAUAAAGUUUUACUGUACAAAUGUGCAGAGGGACAAAUUGAUUCUGAGCCAUUUAGCACCGAAUCUGAUCAAAACCAAACUAUAAAACGGGAAACUCACAGCUCAAUGUGAGGCUGAGGGCUGUAAGGACGGCCCGCGACGUUUACAGUUCUCAGAACAAACCAGUAGAAACUAAAGGGCUUAUACAGAUAUAAUUCUUGCAGUUCUGAUGGUUUACUUCAUUUGAGCCCACUAACCUCUAUUAAUAAAUAAAUAAUGUGAGUGUCGAGUUUGUACAUUUUCCUGCAGCAAGCAAACUCCUAGAGGUCACUGGUCUGGUUUGCACUUUUAUGAACAGAGUCAGUAAGAAGAAAAUAUUAUUCUGCCUCCGGACUCCUUGAUUCUUUGUGACACAGCUUUUUUUUUUUUUUUUUUGUGCAUUGAGUUAGAGUGAAAACCCAAAUUUCAGAUUAAUUUUCUGAUCUUAUUUUUGGAGGGAACCACAUUGAUGCAUUAAUUGGUGCUUUUCUAGUUAAUCUAAUCCAGUAUUAUCCUCAGUUUAGCAUCAACUCCAGAGAGGUCAGAGUGGUGUCCAUCUUCUUUUGCCAAGAACUAAAGUAAACAUGUUUCAGUAAUUGUUUGUUUUCCUUUGAACUGCAAAGCUGUGCAUCUUAAUGGCCCAUUGCUGUUACUCCUAAAUGGACAUUGUCGGAAUAACUUCAUGUUUGAAGCCUGUGUGUGUGUGUGUGUGUGUAUGGGUGCGUGGAUAAGUGUGUGUGGUACCCUCAUCUGUGCAGGGAAAAUUAAUGCUUUAAGUGUUCCUAGUUUGAUCAUGUUUCCUGUUCUGACAGUUUGUAAAAGAUCCAUGAAUGGGCGGAGCUUAAGUCAAACAGAGAAUAUAUUUUUAUGUUUUAGCCUUUAAUGCCAUAGAGAAAGUUAUAAGAGCUGUAAUUUUUUAUUUUCCAUCAUGCUGCAUUACGCUGUCAGUAUUGUAUGGAGUUAAAAAGAAAAAAAAACUGACCAAAACAAAGAAUUUGUGUUGCGUGGGCAUUUUGAGGAAUGCUCUAAUGCAGCAUUGUACUGAAUUUGCUCUGAAGACGACGCGCUGGGAGCCUGGUACCUUCUGUACAUACUCUGAUCUUUGUGUACAUACUUCUGGUUGUGAUCACCUCUGCCUUUUUCUCUUUUUAUUUAGAGUUUUUUUCUUUUUCGCAGGCGUUGCUAGCUGCACUGUGCUUGAAUCUGAAACUUAGACAGGAUGUACAGCUUUGAUCUUUAAAUGAAGUAAUGAUAAAAGAUACGAAUGGUAAGCCAA